AUCCACGCGGAAGAGACGGCAGACGGCCAAGGCGGACAGAGUGCCGACUCAGCGAGACGGCCUGAGAAGAUCCAACCGUCUUUAUCCAUCUGACCAACGAGAGACGGAACUUUGGGGGAGAAUUCCCUCUAGUGCUGACCCCAAAGACAGGAGUCAGCAGGGGGAAGGUUAUAAAUUUGCUAACGCAACUGGAGGAGCUACUUUUUAUCAUCUUUUGAUCAUCUAUCUUUGAUCAUCUAUCGACUAUCGAUGAAUGUAACUGAGUGUACAAUGUUAAGUGAGUAGCCAGCUAGAGGCCAAGAGGGCCAGAGCCAUGGCCGUGCCAGACCAAGGGGACACCAUCAAUUUCCUACACCAAAUUGUCAUUGCUGUGUUCAGUUUUGCAUACACCGUACUCUUGUCAGCGAAUCAUGGUUCUGGUCUUUCGAUUUGGCCUCCAACGGUUUGUCGUUUUGUAUGCAGUACUUCCGCUUGCGGUGUGACUAACGCCUCCGACUGCCACACCGACGAGCAGUACGUGCAGAGAAGACGAUGGUGUGACUGCUGCUUUGCAAAUUGCUGUGGUGCUUGCGUUAAAACUAUCGGUAUUGGAGACAACUGCUCAGCGGAUUACGACAGUAGGAACGGACAUUACGAAGUGUGUCCUGGUGGCUCGGAGUGCAGCCGUGACAGCAGCAGGUGUGUAAGGACCAACUCCACCACACCGAUACUCCCGUAAGGACACGUAUUGUAGUGAGCUGCUGUACUAAACGUAACAGUGUAAUAAAACAUUGAAGAUACUCGUA